AUGCUUUUUUCAAGACUUUCCAGAAUUUUUAAGCUCAGAUCACUUCUUUUCAGCUCUGAAAAUACACAAAGCCAGUCCAAAACUCCUCUAAUUAGCUUUCUGUUUGCUUUAGCCGGCACCUAUGCUACUCUGGAUUACCAAAAAAAGUUGAUCGAAAACUGUGGAAUCGUCGGGUACAUAGGGUCAACCCCCAAAGCUGCCGAAGUCCUUUUGAACGGGCUGACUGAGGUCCAAAACAGAGGCUACGACUCAGCAGGAAUUGCCACUUAUCAUGAAGGGGAAAUAAAAGUUACCAAAUACGCUAGCGAUAAAUUAAAAAUUUCUGACUCAAUAAAGAGACUAAAAGCAGACUCAGUCCCUAAGCACUCCAACAGCACCUUAGGCAUCGGACAUACCCGAUGGGCUACACAUGGAGGAGUUACAGACGAAAACGCUCAUCCUCAUUCAGAUCACCGAAACAGAAUUUCUCUAGUCCACAACGGGACAAUUACAAAUACUCACGAAAUCCGGUCAAUAUUAGCACAACAUAAUAUUCCUAUUAAGACAGAAACUGAUACAGAGCUUAUAGCUUUACUUAUAGGGAUGUAUAUGGAUGAAGGCCAUAGUCUCAAAAUUUCCACAAAAUUGGCUUUGCAGAGGCUUAAUGGGACCUGGGGACUUGCAAUAAUUAGUAAAGAAGAACCUGAUCAUAUAAUUGUUGCGAGAAAAGGGAGCCCUAUGCUGGUAGGGAUAGGCCAUAAUGAACUUUUUGUAGGUAGCGAACAAGCUGCAUUUAGCAAAUUUACUAAAAAAUUUAUAGCCCUAGAAGAAGGCGAGGUCUGGUCAUUAGACCCGAAGAAAAUGGAAAUUGAAAAAAAUCGGAUAGAAACUAUGCAUGACUCCUCUGAUGUUUCCUUACUCCUGCAAGCGAGCCAAGCCAUUGGAAAACCAAUCUCCAUUAGUCAAAAUAAAUUGAUUUAUUAUAACUUUUUUAAUAUAGUGUUAAUUAUUGCAAUGAUAUAUUUAAUUUUAACUUAAAAAAUUAUAUAGAAUCAAAAAAAUAUAAAUUUUGGUAAAAAUUAUCCUCUGCAGAAGGGAAGUUAGGAAACUACCCUCACUGGACUCUGAAAGAAAUCGAAGAGCAGCCUGAAUCAGCUGCCAGAGCUAUGAACUUCGGAGCAAGGCUAACUAGAGAUUCAGCUAAACUCGGAGGAAUUGAAGAAGUCAAGGACAAACUUCUAGCUGUUAAAAAUCUCGUCAUUAUGGGAUGUGGAACUUCUAUGCACGCUGCUAUGUUUGGAGCCCAUCUAAUAAAGUCUUUUGAAGUUAUGAACAGUGUCCAAGUAUUAGACGGCUCAGAAACUACAUAUCUUGAUAUUCCUAAAGACCACCCAGGAAUUAUUGCUAUCAGCCAAAGUGGCGAAACCAGAGAUGUUGUAGAGCCACUUGGGAGACUAGUAGAAAAAGAUGUAUUUUCGCUUUCUGUAGUCAAUGUAGUCGGCUCACAGCUAUCCAGACUUACAAAGCAUGGGGUUUAUAUGAACUCCGGAAGAGAAAUCGCAGUGGCUUCUACAAAAAGCUUUAUGAACUCUUGCAUAAUUUUAGCUGAAAUCGCCCUGUGACUGUCUGCACAGUCAAAGCCAGAAGACUUUGCGAAAAGGCAAGUCUUGGUGAACUGUUUGCUAAAAUUCCCAAUGCAGAUCGGUUCAGUAAUAGCACAGACCAAAGAGCCAAUAAAAGAGCUUGCUGCAGAACUUGUCCAUGACCAGCACAUGUUUAUUUUAGGCCGAGGCUUAGCUGAGUCUAUUGCAAAAGAAGGAGCAUUGAAGAUUAAAGAACUGACCAGACUUCAUGCUGAAGGCUACCCAGGAGGUGCAUUAAAGCAUGGACCUUUUGCCUUGAUAAAUGAAGGGACACCUAUAAUUUUGAUUAUUUUGAACGACGAGCAUAAAGAAUUGAUGAAUUUAGCCUUAGCUGAAGUCACUGGAAGAGGAGCAAGAGCUAUUGUGAUCACUUCGAACCCAGACUUAAUCACAUCUUCAAAGCCACCUUACAAAGUGAUCAAAAUUGAAGAAAGUGGGCCUCUAACAGCUUUGCUAGCUGUUAUACCUAUGCAGCUUCUUGCAUAUUACUUGAGCAUUGCUAGAGACCUUGACCCUGACCACCCAAGAGGCCUUGCAAAGGUGGUUACUGUCAGUUAA